UGCGUCGCGAGUUUCGUUGGAGAAAACGUGUAACCUGUUAAUCUGAGGGCGUGCUUUAUACAACCAAGGCCCCUUUCUCCGUGUAACCACGCCCAAUCAGCUGGUUCCUGAAGUUCAGCGAGCCUCAGGAGGAAAAAAAACUUUCCCUCGCUUCUGUGCGGUCUCUUGGUGAGCCGAUGGUAGCCACCACUGAGUUUUGUUUUGGAGGAUUACAUUUUUAACGACUCUGAGCCGUGUCAGCAUGUCCUUGACGGAUCAGCAGUGGUGUCCCACAAGCGUCCAGGUAACGGUACUCCAAGCCAGGAGCCUUAGGAUAAAGGGGAAAAGUGGCACCAACGAUGCGUACGCGGUCAUACAAGUGGGCAAAGAGAAGUACCAGACUUCAGUGGUGGAGAAAUGCGUGGCUCCGGUGUGGAAGGAGGAGGCCUCUUUCGACCUCCCGCAGCUGAACCAGGGAGGAGGAGGCAGCACGCUGCACGUCCACGUCCUUCACCGGGCUCUGGUGGGCCCGGACAAACUGCUGGGACAGGCGGUCAUUAAUCUGUCACAGCUCAGUGAGGACAAAACACGCAACAAAACCGAAUGGUUUAAACUUCUUGAUAAGACUGGUAAGCCAGACAAAGACAGAGGAGAGGUGCUUCUGGAUAUCCAGUUCAUGAGAAACAACAUGACUGCCAGCAUGUUCGACCUUUCUGCUGCUGGCAAAUCUCGGUCUCGUCUGGGCAAGUUCAAGGACAAAGUUCGUGGCAAGAAAAAGGAGUCAGAUUCUGUGACCAGCGUGGCGCCGUCUUUCAGUCAGGUCCUGACGGACAGCGAGGAGGAGGGCACCGGGGAUGGUGAAGAGGCGACGGGCAAGGAUGGAAAACAGAAGAAACACAAGAUUAAGUCUUUGUUUUCUCCAAAGUCCAACUUGCAGAAGAGCAUGUCUCAGUCUAUGUCUGUUCUGCCUGGGAAGAACUCCACGCUCACCGGCAGCCAAUCAUCUGGUCUGAAUGUCGAUUCCUCAGAGGGUAAAAAGAAGUUCAAGUUCAUGAUACAUAAACGCUCAGGCAGCUCAGGCAGCAAGGAUUCAUCAUCUGGUCGUGAAAAACAGGUUUCUGUAGAACAGAGUAAUUUAUGCAUCAAUGGCAGUCACGUAUACUGUGAGGAGCCGCCAUCUCGGACUUCUCGCAUCAGCUCAAACUUCAGUCUGGCCAGUUCAGGUCAUGGAUCAAUGGAGGAUGUCCCUGAAAACUCUCCACCACCUGAGCAACAAAAGGCAGCGAGGCAGUGUUCACCUUGGGAAGAGGAUGAGAAGGAGGAGGAAGACACUCCUGAAGUUGAAAACGUUAAAGCGAAUGUGAGUGAUUUAGAAAGGACUAUAAUAGAGGAGGAGACGAAAGAAGAGAAGGUUAAGAGGCAACAAGAGAGGCUUGAAAGUUUAGCUGAGGACAGAGAAAAACAAGAGGAAGAGGAGACAAGGAGUAAAGAAGAGGAAAAUAUUAGAAGUGAGGAAGAAAAGAGAAGACAAGAGCAAGAGGAAAGGGUUAGGAUGGAAGAAGAGCGUGAAAGAUUGGCAGAGGAAAAGAGACUACAAGUCCUAGAGAGAAGGAAGAUAGAGGAGGAAGAAAAGAAGAAAAGGGACGAAGAGGAAAGGAUUAGAAUUGAGGCAGAGAAGAAGAGGUUAGAAGAAGAGGAGAGGGUUAAGAUGGAAGAGAGAAGGCAAGAAGAGCAAAAACUGGCAGAGGAAAAGAGACUUGAGGAAGAGAUGAGGGCACAGGAAGAGAGGAGACGGCAAGAAGAGGCAAAAAUAGCUGAGGAAAAGAGACUGAAAGAAGUAGAGAGAAGGAAACUUGAGGAGGAAAGAAGAAAGCAAAGAGAUGAAGAGGAAAGGAUUAGAAUUGAGGAAGAGAAGAAGAGAGAGCAAAAACUGGCAGAGGAAAAGAGACUUGAGGAAGAGAAGAGGGCACAAGAAGAGAGGAGAAGGCUAGAAGAGGCAAAAAUAGCUGAGGAAGAAGAGAGGAUUAGAAAGGAAAAUGAGGAGGAAGAGAGGAGACAAAAAGAGGAGGAGGAGCUGCUGAAAAAACUAGAAGAAGAGCAAAAGAAAAAAAGGAUACAGUUGGAGCAGGAAAGGAAGCAAAGGGAGGAAGAAGAGAGGGUUAGGAAAGAGGAAGAGAAGAAAAGGCAAGAAGUGGAGGAACGGGCUAAGAAAGAAAGGGAAGAACAUGAGAGAUUAGAGGAGGAGAGGAAACGGAUUGAGGCAGAGGAGAAAAUUAGACGACAAGAAAGGAUCAGGAUGGAAAAAGAGGAAAAAAGGAGACUAGAAGAACAAGAAAAUCAAAGAGCUGAAGAGGAAAGACUUAGGAAAGAGGAGGAGAAGAGACGGGAGGAUGAGGAGAGGGCUAGGAAGCAAAGAGAAGAAUAUGAAAGACUGUUAGAGGAAAAAAUGCAACAAGAAGAACAAAGAAGACUUGAGGAAGAGGAAAGAAUUAGAAGGGAAGAAGAGGAAAGGGUUAGGAUGGAGGAAGAGAUGAAGAGGAGAAAAGAGGAAGAAGAGAGGACUAGAAAGGAAAAGGAAGAAAUGGAGAGGCUGGAGGAAGAGAGAAGACUGCAGGAACAAGAAAAGUGGAGGAUUGAGGAAGAGGAGAGGAUUAGGAGAGAGAAGAAGGAAGAGGAGGCAAGGAAGCUGGAGAAGUUGAGGAAUGCAGAAGAGCAAGAGAAGAGGGGAAACAAAACAACAGAUGAAGUUAGGGCUGCAGGGAAGAAACCCAAAGUGAGCAGUCCUGCAGUCACUUCCACUAAUCCUUUUGAUGAAACCUUCUCUUCCAACCCCUUUGAGGAGAUUCCCAAGUCCCUCGACAGCAGCACAGCUGAAGAGCCAACGGUUCAGCAACGGUGUCACUCUGCCGUGUCAUCGGUGAGAAGUAAGACCGGUUCUGUGGAUGAAAAGGACCUGAUUAGUACUCAACGGGAGAAGCGAGCAGCUCCUCAGCCGCCAGUAAGGAGUCAAGCUGGCAAGCAGCCUCACAGGGAGCAGGAUGUGCCGGCACGACAUCUGGCACAAAUUAACAAGCAAAGCAAAGACAAAGAUGUCAAAACUGUCAGUGUUCCCCCACAGCGCUCGGUGCAAAUGAUCGCUCCGCUGUGUAGGUCUCCCACAGAUUCAAAGAACUCCCAGAGCCUGAUGCAAAGCAAUAACGCUAAUGGAACAACAAACGAAGCCAAACACAGCAAACGUCCUGCGCCGUCCGUACCUCCUCCUGUGGGAGAAAAGCAGUCAUCAGAACCAAAAACGAGCUCUAAUCUAGGCGGCGCAGAGACCAAACAAGUUAAAGUUGUUUGUGGCUUAAAUCCUUUUGAGGAUGAUGAAGAUGAAAGUGAGCUCACAGCUCAAGAUGACACAGCAGUCUCUAGUAAUACUGGUUCAAUACACUGGCCUGCAGCUGUGUCACAAAGUGCAGAUAAAGAUGCUGCCUCUCAACCAAAAAUCAAAUCCUCAAAGACGGCCCACGCUCCCCCACCUCCUGCAAAGAAUGACAUCAGCUCGAACACUUUAACGAACCCGGGCACGGAAAGAAGCCAUGCUACAGGUGAUCGAAGUGCAGCUGCGCCCGAUAACGAUGCACUCCAAGCAUGCGACCUGUAUUAUGAGUCCACAAGUCCUGGGCAUGUCCCAGUGAGUCCACUCCAAGAGUCCCAGUCCCUUAAAGUCCAGAAUAUAGUGGAGACAGAUGUGAAGAAAGACUGGGCCCCUACACCUUCACGCAGGCUUCAGCCGGUAAGACCUCUUAAUCCACUUGAGCAGCAGGGUGCCUCAGUUGUUCAAGAGGAAAAUGAAAACAAAUCCACAGGAAUCCCCAGUGGACUUCAGGACAAAACAACGGUGGAUGACAGUGGGAUGAAAGGGCCUUACUCCCAGCUGACCCGGGAGGAACUGAUCUCUCUGAUCUUGAAACAGGAGAACCAGCUCUCGGAGAGAGAUUAUAAGAUAUCGGAGCUGGAGCAGUACAUUGAUAAUUUACUUGUGCGAGUCAUAGAAGAGAAGCCAAGUAUCCUCAUGUCCUUGACCGCUAUGAAGAAAGCUGCUUAGGUAGCUUUGCAGGCAUCACUGUAUUCUUGCUGCACUUAAUCAGACCUGUUUAUUCACAGCUCGUCCACAUUAGAAAUAUCACUUUAUAGAUGUAUUGGUUACGUUAAUGCAACUGGAAUACUUUUGCUGUAAAGUGUGGAGGAACACUUUAGAUUUCAAAUAUUUCAUCACCCAAUAAAAUUAAUGAUUUGAGGGAAGGAAAAUCUUUGAAAUCUUUGAAAUAUUUAGCUCUCUCAGCUAAAGGAUUCAGUUUGGAAAGACUUUGUAGUUUUUAGAUGAUCGAUAAAUUUAGACAUUUGUUUCAUGUGAGUUUAAAGGAUAUCUUGUAUAUAUCUGGUCAUGCCUGUCAUCUUUCUUCUGGAAAUAACUUUGAUAAAUGUGUAAUCCUGCCAGCAUACCAGACUUGUUGCAUUUCAUGGUGAAACUCGAGUUGAUUUCUCUCUGUAGAGCUUACUGUCAAAGUUUACUGCUAAUUCCCAUGUGCACUUUAAGUAGCUCACACUAUUAACUGUUAAGACACUGAACACUGUACUGAGUAUUUUUACUGCUUAAAUAAAUUUGAAAAAUAAAAUAAAACCAUGAAUUAAUA